UAUCGAAUUAAGUACACAUUGGGGAAUGUCGACUUCUCUAUACCUAAUCUGCAAUUUGAUAUGUUCACUCUUUAUUUCGGCGAGAUAUGGAAACCAAACAAUAUUGUAACCCUGCACGUUAGGAAAGGAUCGAAGCGUUGAUAUACAUAUUGAGGGGAACCAUACUGAAAACAAUGACAUCUUGUGAACCCUGUCACAGGAAAGGCCUUGACGUUCCUGCAGUAAAAUGGUGUACUGAGUGUGAUGAAGCACUGUGUACCUCCUGCUAUGAUUCUCAUAGGUCAAUGAAAGCUUUGUUGUCACAUCGUAUUGUUGACAUCGAUUUAGCAAAGACGACUCCUGUCCCAGCUUUGAUGAAAUCAUCAAGCCAGUUCUGCAAAAAACAUACCAAUCAGAGACUUGAAUAUCACUGCUUGUUCCACGACGCUAUAUGUUGUCAAAACUGUAUGACCCAUAAUCACCGUGCAUGUGCAAACAUUAUUCCAAUAGAUAUUGCUGCUAAGGGUGCCAAAGAAUCAAGAAGUAUCAGCGAUCUUCUGUCACAGCUAGAAAAUAUACACAAGUCGCUAGAUGGAAUACGGCAGAAGAAGCUGCAAAAUAUAAAACAAGUAGAAGACCAGGAUAUAGCUAUUCGGAAUACGGUAUCUAGACUUAGACAAAAGGUAACAGAACGCAUGAACGUAAUUGAAAAAGAAUUGUAUGACAAACUGACAAACCUAAAACAAUCCGGAAAAUCCAAGCUAGAAAGAGAAUCAAGAAAACUUCAACAAACCGAAGACUUAGUGAAGUCUCAUAAAGAACAAAUAGAAUUUGAAAAACAGCAUGGUUCAGACAGACACACCUUUCUAGCUGCCCAUAUUAUAAAAGAACACAUUACAGGUAUUGAAGAAAGAAUUCUACAUAUGAAAUCUCGAACUGGCACGAUAUCAUUAGUAUUUCAAGAAAACGGAGACAUCUUAGAUAGUCUUGGUUCAUUUGGGUCUAUAUCAUUAUCAUCAGAUACCAAAACAUCGUUCAACAUGGAUGAAAAACAUAUCAAAGAAGUAGAACAGAGGGAGUCUUUCAUACAAGGAUUUGAUUUUAGUUAUAAAUUUGAUGUAAACGUAAAGCAAGAUGUUAUGAUAACUGGUAUAGCAGCUACAGACGACAAUCGUUUGCUGUUGUGUGGUGGCGGUAAAUGCAAUAUAAUCAUCUGCACUCUAGAGGGAAAAUACUUGCAAGAUUGUAAACUGACUGGUGAACCUUGGGACGUAGCAAUCACCCGCGAAAGAGAAGGAAAAGCUGUUGCAACUUUGCCAAUCUUGUAUGCAAUUCAGUUUAUCAACACCAACAGUAUGGUAGCAGGUAAAAUGGUCAAAUUCAAUUGGCGAGUUUAUGGAAUCGCAGCAAUUGGCAAGAAAAUUAUUGUUGGUGGGAAGAACAGCUUGCAAAUAUUGGAUACCGACGGUAUUAAAUUAAGUGAAAUAACUGUACCUAGCAUGAGUGUAUUUUAUAUACAUCCCAGAGAAAAUGGGGAUUUUUAUUAUUCGGAUUGUACUUAUGUUUAUUGCAUGAAACCGGAUGGGCGCCAUGUGUUUUGUCAAGAUGUAUCAAACUUAGCUAGUCCUAGAAAUAUUGUUACAGACACUCGUGGCAACAUUUAUGUCGCUGGCCAUCGAUCCAAUAAUAUUCAUCGUUUAUCUUCAGACGGCAUCAGUUUGGAUGUACCUUUGUCAAAAGAGGAUGCUAUAAAUGGACCGUUUGCUAUAUGUUUCUCAGUAGAUCAGAGUAAACUAUGUGUAUCAAACAGCAAUGGAAAGACAAUCACGGUUUAUGACACGAUGUAUGCACCUCAAUCGAGGGAAAAGGAAAUCCAAAACCUUCUUAAAUAUCUAUGAGAUGGAAUUUAUGUUUGUGUUUCGUAACAAAAAAAAGCACAAUAAUAGAGAUAUAUUAAUAGUCUCUAAAGUAUUACCUGUAAAUAAUAGGAGCUCUGUUUCAUUGAUUUCGAUUUCUUGUAUCUCCUACCAUAUAGUCUUUUCAGCGGUUUGGGAAAUUGGUAUUCAGAAAGUGGGAUGUAAAAGAGAUUGAAAGAAUCAUUUGCAACCAGUGAUUAUAGAUAUAUCAAAAUAAAGUACAUUUCUAUUUCU